UUACGCUCUUCCAUUGAAAGUUUGACUAAUGGAUUCACGCCAAUGACUAUAAAAGGAUGGGGUUCGUGAAAGUUAAAGAAGAGUGUUAUCGCUAGAAUCAGAAAUGCGAGUUCUCGCUUUUUUACAUUUUGCUUUACUCUACCUGUUUCACUUCGAAAUAUGUGCAACGUCGGAAACAUUUUCCGAUUUGGAAUCCUGGUUCGAUAAAAACGUAAAAGGGCAACAAGACACGGCAACGACAGACAUACUGAUAAUGCUUUGCCUUCUAAAAGUGAAAAGAGAAAUACAGCCUCAACAAAUAAUUGCGAGUAAUCACACAAACAAUGCGAAUAAUGGAAUUGAUAACCUAUUUAAAUCGAAUAUUGGAAACAUUGACAUAACCAAUACGAACACUUUAGAAAACACCAUACAACUCCCGCCCAUCAAAAUACCAAAUAUUACGGUUGUCAUUGUUGAAGAUGAGUUAGCGCAAGUAGCUAGAACAAGAGGCCAAAAUUCAAAUAUUGAAUUAGCUAAUCUAAUUAGAAUAUUUAAGGAGUGCAUGAACAAAAAAUUAGGUAUUUUGGGAAGAUCAGCGCAAUAAACGCAUUUUAAAAUAAAAAA